AUGUCAAACCUGUCUGAUGUGCAACUUGCUGCUCUCAAGGCUGCACAGGAGAUACUUGAUAAUGCUGGUCUUUCACCUCUUGAUCUCAACACUAACUUACCUCCUUCUCGUAAUGCUUCGCCUGCUGCUCCUUCCAUGUCAGUACAACAACCAGUAAAUCCAUCACAAGAGGUUAUUGCUGCAUGCUACCAUCCACCACCUGUUCAUUUAUUCACCACAAAUGAAGUUGCACAGGGCUGCAACAACAUCAACUGCAAAACUAGUGUCGACGUGAUCAUUGAGCAUCCUCUUAGUGCAAUUGUCAAGUAUCCUCAAACUGGUUCUGCACCAGGUCAUGCAGUUGCUCACAUCUUCCAUGUUGACCCCAAUCCCGACUCAUUUAUCCACCCAAAGUCUAAUUUACAAUACUCUCUCAGUGAUUCUCAUAACGGACGUCAAAAUGUUAGUUGUGGUGAUUGA